AUGUUCUGCAUAGCUGUCCAUCGCUACUAUGAGCCAAAUCAACUGCGCGUUACGACAGAGGCUUACCUAACCUGUGCGGUGGCAAUAUUUAUCUAUCUGACGUGGUCCCACCUCUUUAAUAGGGCAGAACAAGACCAAAUUAAUUAUGAUAAUGAAAAAUAUUCUGUCAAUGAAGACCUGCAGAAGUCUCAACACAAGAAUGAUGCAUAUAAUAUGAAAGAUAGUGAAGAAGAUGCAGCCAUUAAACAGCAUGACACCGAAAUACUCGUGGGAAAUUCAUUCGGAGUAGAGGAUAACAGAAAAAUCAAAUCUCUAGAGUCCGCUCAAGUUAAAUUUGGAGAGCGUGAUACCGUGCACAAUUCAAGUUCGUUUAAGCCAAAGGAUUGGCUGGAAACAAAAUGGUUGAAAAUAGCUGGACGUAAAAUUGAUUGGCAAGACAUCCAGUACAUGGUACCUUAUCCGAUCGCAUUAGUAGCGACUAUUUUUUGA